UGUCUCGAACCGGAAAGGAAGGAAGGACCAACCCGCGCCCCAUCUCACAGGCAAAGCGAGGGAAAGGCCCGAGAAGCGCGCUCGCGGAGUGGCCGGCGAAGCCGCGGAAGCGCGCAGGAGGGGACCCUGCCGUCGCCGUGGUGGGAUGGAAAGGGGCGGCGCCGCGCUCGCCUGCGCCUUCCGCUCCCCAUCCCCGUACCACUCCCCGCCGUCCCAAUGGCCGCCUCCUCUCCUCCGCGGCCGCCACCCGCCCGCUUCGGCCUCCGCCGGGGUUCCUCGCCUCCUCCCGCCACGCGGCUGGCUCUUCAGCUACUGCAGCCAAAUUAGGCUUCUAGACACAAGCAAGGGGCUUAGUAGGUGCUCGUUGAAGACCUUCAGCUCAUUUGGACAUCCAAGGGUUAGUCUGAACAAUGAAGAUAUAGAGAAAGAUAAGAUCCUAAUUGAUUGUGGAGAAGACCAAGAUUGUGUGCUAGAUGGGAUUGUUGCCUUGGGAAAAUUUGACGCCCUUCACAUCGGUCAUCGGGAACUAGCAACACAUGCUUCCAGAUCAGGCAAUCCUUUCCUUCUUUCUUUUGUGGGAAUGGCUGAAGUUCUUGGCUGGGAGUAUAGACCUCCAAUAGUUGCUCGCAGUGAUAGGGAACGAGUCCUUUCCUCAUGGGCUCCAUACUGUAGAAAUGUGGUGCCUCUUGAAUAUCAGGUUGAGUUUUCAAAGGUUAGGUACCUAACUCCACGCCAAUUUGUCGAGAGGUUAUCAACAGAUCUUAGAAUAAAAGGUGUCGUAGCAGGUGAAAACUACAGAUUUGGCUACAAAGCAUCUGGUGAUGCGGCUGAGUUAGUAAAACUAUGCGAAGAAUUUGGUUUAAGUGCUUUCAUUGUGCGGUCUGUCAUGGACACCGCAAAAAGAUCUUACAAUGGAGCUACACCUCCUGUAAAUUCAACCGACAAAGGGCAGGUGUCUUCCAGUCGUGUUCGCCAUGCUUUGUCUGUGGGUGACAUGGAAUACGUCUCCAAAUUACUAGGGAGGAAACACCGCCUUGUGCUAACAGUGAAUGAAUGCUGCCUUCAGGAAAGGGAAAAGAUUGUAUUCCCUAAAUCCUGCAUGUUAAACAUGCCACCAGCUGAUGGUUUCUAUGAAAAUUGUGGCCUCGUUAAUGGAGGGUACCUUGGACUAUGCAGAGUGACCAUUAACUCAGAAACCAUUGACAUUGAAUUGGAAGAUAAGAACAGUUUGACGUCAAAUCUUUUUCGAGAAGAUCAACAAUUAGGCAUCGAAUUUGGGUAAUGUACAGCGCGCUAUUCAUGAUCAGUGGUUGCUCAUAAUUUGCACACUUGGGGCAUUUUUCAGAGAAUUUGGGGUUGACCCAAAGGUUAGAGAAUUUUCCCCUUAAGAGGAAAUUAGCAGAACUUCGUAUGCCACCCCAAUAUGGUUCAUCAGUCCUGAGUGCAUCCGGCAGUUUCACAAAAGAUUGCUUUUUGCAGAAGAUUGAUUAGUGCACGGUUAAACACAAGAGGACAUGGGAGAGAAGAGGUGCAAUUUUUAUGUCCAUUUUAUGUAGAGUGGGAAAGACAGACUUGACUGGCCUCCAGCAGCUGUAUGUAUAAAACUAGAGACAUACGAGGCAAAAUUGUACAUUUAAGGGUUAUUUAGGCAAUUUGUUGUUCUGUUACUGAUUACUUCCUUGUCUAACAGAACGAAAAAAAUCUGGCAAUAUUUUCCCUUGUGUUGUGAAUUA